AUGACAAAAAUAUUUAAGCGCUUUUUUAUUUUUUUGGGGUUUUUGGUAUCAAUUAUAGUACAAAAUGAUGUGAAAGGUAAAGUAUUCCAUGGAGAUUUUAAUAUAAAAAAAAAUGAGAAGAUUCAUUAUUUAACAAAAUUUAGUUGUAGUAUAGGAACCUGCGAAUUCAACAUUAAAAUGAGGCUUAAGGAUAAUAUAUUUACAAAAUUGCUUCAUAACUACUAUAAAAUUAAUAGUAGAUUAUCAAAUGAUGGAGAAGACAAUGUAAAUAGUAAGUUGUUUAAUAUGGAUUAUGAUAAUGCAUAUUAUGUAUUAACCAACAAUAAUCUACAGCCUCUAACCCAAAGAAUAACUCUAAUGCUUGAUAUUGAGCAAAACUAUGUAAAUAAAUAUGAAAAAUGUUUUGCUUUUGGAAAUUUAAGGAGUGUACAUAGGUUCAAGAUACCUUUUCAUUUUAAAUAUUCCGAUUUAAUUAAUAGUAAAACAUACAACAUUAAGAAUUUUAUAAAUAAUAAACAUUCUAUGUCUUUUACUAGUACUUAUAGUGAACUAAAAAAUAAUAAAUAUUUGCAGUCGGAAAUUUCAAAUCAUGCACUACUUAUUAAUGAAAAAAAUGAAAACUAUGAAUAUAAAAAUAUUUAUGCUAAAACGACACAUCGAGUUCAUGUAUGGUUUUUAAUGUUUGAUGAUUGCUAUGAUAGCUUUAUUCAUAAUUUGAAAUUAAACAUAAGAGCUAAAUUAGCAUACUGGGAAUACUUACUAAAAGCAUCAAACAAAAAAGAUAUUUCAAACUUAUCAUCUGCAGAAUUAAAUAUCAGUGGUAGUCAACAUGAUAUUAGUGACGAUCAUGAUAAUGAUAGAAGAAUAAAGGACUAUGAUGCAAAAUAUUACAAAUCAAAUAAUUUUGAUAAAAAUACACUUUUAGAAAAUCCUAAAAGGCUUUUAUUUUUAGAAAAUAAUUUCACAAAAGGCGAGGUAGAAGAUAUGUCUUUUUUUCUCAAGUAUCAUAAUUUUAAAAACAUGAAAAAUUUUACUAAUAUGUAUAAUAAUUUAUAUAAAAAUGGGUUCUAUGAACAAGUAAUAGAUUAUAUAUAUGAAAAUGAAGGGUUUAAAGUAGAAUAUGAAGUAAAUAUAUUUCAAACAAACAAUUCUCAUUUUUCGUACGAGUUAUUACAUUCUCCUAUACUUACAUUCAUUUUAACUAUUCUAUAUAUCUUUUUAAUUUUUCAAUAUGGUAAUAGAAUUAUUCAAAACAUUGUAUCGAAGAAGCAUAAACAUGCAAUGGUCUUGUGUGUUGCUGUUGUAAUAUUAAUACAGUUAAUAUCUAACUUUUUAUUACUUAUACAUUUACUAGUAUAUUCAAAAAACGGUAUUGGAAUUGAACUUUUUAAGAUAUCUUUUAAUAUACUAAAUUUUUUAACUCAAAUUAUUAUGUGUACCAUGUUGCUUUCAUUGAGUUAUGGCUUAACCAUUUUUGAGGCAAGAUUUAACAUUUUUUCAAGAAUCAAAAUUAUAUUUGGUAUUAUCACCUUCUUCCACGUUGUUUUAGUUAUAUUAGAUAACACGUAUAUUAAGGAAUCCUCCUCGAAAUAUUUUGACAAUGAUAACAUAACCGGAUAUAUCAUACUAGCUUUAAGAGUAUUGUUAGCAAUUGUAUAUCAUGUUAAUAUAAAUAAUUUAUUUUUAGAAGCCAAAAUAGCCCCUAUUCGUAACUUUUUAAAGAAAAUGUACAUAUAUGGUCUAUUUUACAUAUUCUCAUUUCCCAUAAUUUUUAUGAUAUGUUAUAUAUUUGAUACUUAUUGGAGACAAAGGUUCAUGUUGUUUGGAACUGCUUUUCUGCAGUUCAUAUCAACUUAUUUUAUUAUAAAAAUGUUCUUAACAAACUCAGAAUAUUUUAAAGUUUCGGACAUGUCAGCUAGUGACCUUCCUGGAGGAACUUCUAGCUGGUUUAAUCAGAAAACGCAUACAUAUUAA